CAUUUAAAUCACAUGACUUGUCUGUAGCUCAUCCGGGUCAAAAGGCGUCAGCAUGGACACGGGGGAUGUUCUCGCGUCUCUGGGGGCAGAGGGAGCCACUGCGGCUGCGCACGCGCUCUCUCUUCCAGCAGAGGCGUAUGGAAAUGAUGCCCAACUGGAAGUAAUGUGGGCUAUGAAAGCCUACAAUCACGCAGAAGUUUACUAUAAUCUUAUUUCCUCGGUUGAUCCCAAAUUUCUAAAACUAACAAAAUCAGACGAGCAGAUAUACACUAAAUUCCGAGAAGCAUUUCCUGACCUCAGUAUUCAGGUUCUGGACCCAGAGCUGCUGAAGUCAGCAGACGCUAAAGAGAAAUGGAGGCCCUUUUGUAACCAGUUUGAAGGUGUUGUAGAAGACUUCAACUAUGGUACAUUAUUACGUCUAGACUGUCAAAAGGACUACUUUGAGGAGAACACAACAUUUGCGACCAGAAUCCAGUUUUACGCCAUCGAGAUUGCGAGAAACAGAGAAGGAUACAAUGACUUUGUCCACAAUGCCAAUUCAAAAACCAAACAACAGAAGAUGGAUAAGAGUUAAUCAUGACAGCUUAAUAUUUGAAGUGGCCUUCUUGGUGUAGAGGAGAUCUUUCUACACAAAGCUCAACAGUGGAGAAACGCGUAUAAGUGUCCUACUUAUUUUUGCCCCCUUACGUAAUUGUGUGUAAGAGAUUUGUUUUUCUCAUUUGUACUCAAAAGUUGGAUGGUAAUUCAAUUUUGAUUUUCCUGCAAUGUGUGGCACCUUUUGUUUGCAAUAAACAACAAUACAUGCUUCCCCCUGAAAAACU